AUGCCGAUUGAUCGGACACCGCAACGAGACCCGUCUUACUCAACGAACUUCAGACAAUCUCAAGAUCAAUCAGACACUACAAUGGCAGAUGACAAGGGAGCGACUUCAGAGGCCGGAAGCAAUCAAAACUUACAAGAUACGACAAGCGGUGGCGGAACAGGUGGAACCGGCAUUGUUGAGAUACGCAAUCUGAAGCUACCGCCAUUUUGGAAAAAAGAUCCCGUCUUGUGGUUCGAGCAAGUAGAAGCACAGUUCUAUACUCACCGCAUUCGCUCAGAUACAUUGAAAUAUUAUACUGUAGUAGCUGCUGUGGACGCUGAAGAUCUAACUCAAGUAUCAGACAUUCUUCGAAACCCACCGUCAACAGAUAAGUAUAAGCACUUCAAAGAUCACAUUAUUCUACGAUUCACUGAAUCGAAAGAAAGACAAUUGCAAAAACUAUUAACAGGUCUCGAACUAGCAGAUAAGAAACCAUCCCAAUUCUUACGCAAAAUGCGAUCUUUAGCAGCGAACAAUCUUAUAGACGACAUUAUCCACACAUUAUGGAUGAGACGAAUGCCAGAAAUGGUAAAAUGUGUACUGUCAGCAAGCGAGGGGGUAGACUUAGAAAAACUGGCCAUCAUCGCAGACCGUCUCAUCGAACAUCAAACACCAGCAUACGUCAUGGCAGCGUCUACAUCCCGAGCAAAACAAGACGAUGAAGACAGUGUAUCAACGCGAGUAAGCAAACUAGAGACAAUGUUCACGGAACUAAUGACAAGUCUUAAAAAAGCAAACAUGCCACGCCGGUCACGCAGCCGUUCUACAGAUCAAGUCAAACAUCGAUCUUCAUCUCAAGGCUUUUCACAGUCAAUAUGUUACUAUCACACGAUGUAUGGCAAACAAGCACGCAAAUGCAAACAACCGUGCAGUUUCGAGACACUUUCAACACAGGAAAACUAG